AUGGUCAACCACCGAUUCUUCGACGGCUACUACGACAGUGACGACGAGCGGUCGACUACGAGUCUAGAAAACAAUCCAUCUACCGUCUUCGGGGUCUCAAGCGAAGACACCUUCUCCAGAUACAAUACCUUUGAUUAUGGUGGGGCCUUUCAAGAAGGCCAAUAUCAACAGAGGUCUGGUCGAUUCAACGGCUUUGGCGUCGGAAUGUUGCCAACAGAACCAGUCGCUCCCGUAGGGAGCAGCAAUGGCGGAUUCAUGUUCGUUCGCAUUCCCAGCAGCGAUUCCGAUCGCGGUGGUUAUGAGUCCAGUUGCUUCAGCCCAUCAGGCUUGAUGUCCCCCGAGGUCGAAGAGGGCCAGCCCUUCUACUCCAUCGCACCCAUCCAAGAAAUGUCACGGUCCUGUGGAUGUCAGCCCAGUGGGGGUUAUGAGGCCUCUUGCGGGUGCAAUACGUUGGCACCAAAUCUUUCCCAGUCCUGGACGCGAAGGCGAAAUAAUUCGUCUGCCCAUCCACCCUUUCCUCCACUUUCUGGGAUCCAAAUUGCCGUGGGUUCUAGCUACCGUGUGACGGAGCAGUCCAGCCGUUAUUCCAACUACCUCGGCCCCAGCGACCCCGCCAGUAUGGAUGAAGCCGAAAACUUGUCGGGUUCAUCCAGUCCGCCAACACAGCUUGACCUGACCGGGGAUAUAAGAACUGCCAAUCUCAUAUACCACGACCAGCGACCGACUAAUACUUUUGCAACGGGAACAUCCGACGGUGACCUUCGUGUAUAA